AUGCCUCGAGACGAGGAGACUGGAAAGGUGUGUGAAGAAGCCAUCGGGUUCGCAGACGUCGCAAAGUUCAUAGCCGACGACAAAGAGCACAGUUCCUCCAUUUAUCGGCGCUAUGAAAGACUGGCAGCGCGGAACUUGCUGUAUUUGCAGGUGGAGCUCCGCGAUCUGGAACUGCAGCUUGACGAGGUCGACCGAGAGGAUGCGCGCGGUGGCGAAGAUGAGGUCGAGGGCGCCAUGGACUGGCAGGUUCUGCAACAACGGGCGAACAUUGCGGAUGGCAAAGAGUCGCGUCGACGGGAGCUCACACUGCAGCUGAGGUGCAAGAUCAAAGAGUAUCAAAAAGCGGUCCUUCGCAAUGCCCAGAUGUUGGCUCUUCCGCGUCCCUCCAAACAGGCUCAUACGGCCUUCUGCGACUAUUUCUACAACAGAGACAAUGAGAGGCCAUUUCCACGCCUCGCUGGCCUCGGCGGAGACUUAUAUGCAGAUCGACAUGACUUGAUGUCCUUGGUCUUCAACCGUGAUGACGACCGGCUCACUACUUUCCUUCGUGAACAUGCUCCUUUGCUCUUCCAACGCCGCCAGGAGCCGCAGGCAUCGCAUUCUUGCCCCAGCGUGCGAUCUCUAUCAGAAUAUCGUCUCAGCCUUGCGGUCGCGUCCAUUAACAUCGUGGUCGCUGCCGUGAUGCUCUUCGGGGCCAUUUACAACUUGUUCUAUAUCCACAGCUUGACCAAGCGGCUGGGGAUAGUGGCAGGCUACACGGUAGCAUUCGCCAUAUGUGUCGCUCUGCUGUCCAACGCACGAAGGUCUGAGAUCUUUAGUGCUUGUGCAGCAUACGCAGCCGUGCUGGUCGUCUUUGUGAGCGGGAAUUUGAGCAGCCAAUCGCCGUCUUGA